UACUGAAUUUUGAAAAUCUUUGCUUGUUGUUUAUGAGCAAAGCAAAGAUUGUACAAAUAUAUUUUGUAUUCUCUAGUUUGAAUAAGGUUUUAUGGCUGGAUCAUGGGGACCAAGCAAAGCCUUCCUGCGACGAAGAAAGAAGAGGGCCAGCAGCAGACGCUGGGCUGUUAUAAGUAAAAGGCUUCAGCAAACACAAGAGCCCAUCAUCACACCUGUAACGACACAACUUGGAAAUUGUGACCCAAUCACCCAAACCAGUCCAGCCCAACUAGAAGACCCCCCUGUAAAGAAUGUGAAGAAAUUGGUUACUUUACUGGGUGCCAGAGUGUUGCUGCUGGCAUUUGCCAGGGUAUGCAAAGUGUGGAGGAACAGCAUGAGCCAGUCAUUUGCUGGAUUUUUUAAAACAUUUUUCUUCUGGCGGGGGUAUGCCAAACAAAUAGAGACCCUCCAGAAUCAAAUGGCUGAGCUGCAGAGGGAGAUAGGUGCCUUGCAUUCUGCUCUUCAGGGUGGUAAGACUGGAUGCCACUGCCAUGGGACUGUGGCUGGUAGUUCAGUCUGUCCAAUGUUUCCUCCUCCCCCUCUUCCAUUAGGCUGUGGAUCCAAUGUGGACCCUCUCCCUGCUCUCACACCACCAGCCCCACCUCCUCCACCACCACCCCCUCCUCCUCCAUCCACCACUUUCCUGCAACCCUACGUCCCUAAAAAAAGAGUGGCUUCCAAUACUCAACAGAGCUCUAAGGAGAAGCAGGACAUACUGGUGGCCGUGACCCUCAGGGAUUUACAGGCUGUUAAACUGAGAAAGGUUAUUGUCCGCAGUGUGAAAUCAAAGAGGACUCCAGAGAAGAUACAUGCCCCUCUGGUCACUGUGGCAGACCUGCAGAAUGUCCGUCUGAAACGAUCCCACUGCGAACUGCCCCCUAAACUUCCCAAACGCCUUAGCUUUGGCAGAACACCGACCAAAAGCCCUAUGAAUCUGCGUACACAGCUGAAAAGGGUUCAAAUCAAUAGGAGUCCUGGUGGUACUCCUCUCUUUGAUAAGGAGAAUAUGGACACGGGCACUGGCCUCACCCCCAUCAUGACUCAGGCCCUGCGACUCAAGUUCCAGAGUGCCUUACCACGAGGACCGUCUCCAAAGGCAAAGAAUCUCAAUGAAAGCUUUGAUCAAAACUGAGACAUUUGUUGAUGUAUACACGGAUGUCGAUCGAGACGAGUUGAAAUGUAACGGAAAGGCAGCCGCCGUGAUAAAAAGUUCCAGUGUUGUAUGAGGACGGUAUGCAAGCUAUGGAUGUAACUAUGGGCACAAUGCACAUUUUCUAGCACUUCCUGCUUUCCACUGCUGACUGGGUUUCUGCUUUCCAUUGCUGGAUGGGUUAUUUAAUGCUUUUUCCAUUGCUGAAUGGGUUACUAAGUGCUAGGUAGAUUGAGGAUGAAAAGAGGAAACACUUGUGUCUUGGACCACUAUUUUAAAACGGACAUAAAAGUUCUGAAAGCAAGCAGUUUCUGUGAAAGCCUUGACCGCCCCACUGUAUCAGACAUAGGAUUGGUCAAUCCCAACACUGCCUCAAAACUUAAUGCUUCUUGGAACAGUGACACCAAGGAGGAUGUUAAGUGAGCCAUACUGAAAUUUAAAAGGCAGUAGUUGAGAUACUCUGAACAUGUUGUGGAAACAGUCGAUGAUGAGUUACUUGGAAGGAGUGAGAAGCAUCACUUGUUUUGAAUGUGGUUUCAGUUUAGUAUUUUCUAUGAGGAAGUCAAGUUCAGCCGUUGUAAAGUAUCUGAGGGUCUAUGUUUGGAAAUUGCACAUUGACUGGGGAUCCUAGAUGUUUGUGAGCUAUGUCAUGUUUUGAUCUUUGUCACUUUUUCCUAAAAGCUUAUAUUGCAUGAUCUUUUGAUUUUCUAAAAAUGUUUACAUUUUGAA